UUGUUCCAUCAUUAUCAUAGGAACCAACUUCAACUUUCAGUUCUUCAUUUUCAUCUCUCACUUCUUCUUCCCUUUCAAUUCACUCUUUCAACAACACAGAUCUUCCCUUAAUUCUCACUCAUUCUUCACCAACCUUAAUCUCACUCAAUCCUAUCCAUGAGUUUCCACCACCGACCCUUCUAAAUCCAUCUCCAUAUUUCCCAAAAAGCAAACCACUUUCUCAUGAUGGUGGAAACCUCAAUGCUAGGGCGGUUCCACCACCAAAGACUCGACUUCAAACGCUGCGUUCCGGCAUUCAUAACCUCACACAAGACGCUCUUCAUGAUUCUAUGGAUCGCCGCGUUUCUAUCGGUUUUCGUGUGGCAGAGAAGCACGGUGGUUGGUGGAGUUUUGUUUUUCGGCCGGGUUGCGGUGAGGCCGAUUCCGAUUAUGAGACCGGUGGCGUUCAAUUUGACGGAUUUUGGAGGCGUGGGUGAUGGGGUUACGCUGAAUACUGAGGCGUUUGAGAGAGGUGUUUCGGCUAUUUCGAAAUUGGGGAAGAAAGGUGGAGGGCAGCUUAAUGUUCCUCCUGGUCGUUGGCUCACUGCACCAUUUAAUCUUACCAGUCAUAUCACUUUGUUUCUAGCUGAAGAUGCUGUUAUUCUUGCCAUUGAUGAUGAAAAGUAUUGGCCACUAAUGCCUCCCUUGCCUUCAUACGGGUAUGGAAGGGAGCGUCCUGGGCCUCGAUAUGGCAGUUUGAUUCACGGUCAGAAUCUUAAAGAUGUUGUGAUAACAGGGCACAAUGGCACCAUAAAUGGACAAGGACAAGCAUGGUGGAAAAAAUUUCGCCAAAAACGUCUCAACUACACAAGGGGACCACUUGUUCAGAUCAUGUGGUCUAGUGACAUUGUAAUCACUAAUAUUACUUUACAAGACUCUCCGUUCUGGACGCUUCAUCCAUAUGAUUGCAAAAACAUUACAAUAAAAGGUGUUACAAUUUUGGCUCCUGUAAUUGAUGCUCCAAAUACCGACGGCAUAGAUCCUGAUUCUUGCGAGGAUAUGUUGAUAGAAGACUGUUACAUAAGUGUGGGAGAUGAUGCAAUUGCAAUAAAAAGUGGUUGGGAUCAGUAUGGAAUUGCUUAUGGAAGACCUUCCAUGAAUAUUAUGAUCCGAAACCUUGUUGUUCGCUCUAUGGUCAGUGCUGGUAUCUCAAUAGGCAGUGAGAUGUCUGGUGGGGUAUCCAACAUCACGGUAGAGAAUCUUCGCGUGUGGGAUUCAAGGCGUGGUGUGAGGAUAAAGACUGCACCUGGGCGAGGUGGAUACGUGCGACAAAUAACUUAUCGUAAUAUCACUUUUGAGAAUGUCCGUGUUGGAAUUGUGAUGAAGACAGAUUACAAUGAACACCCCGACGAUGGAUAUGACCCUACAGCACUUCCAGAUAUACGAGACAUUAGCUUCACAAGCAUCUACGGUCAUGGAGUUCGUGUGCCGGUACGUAUUCAUGGCAGCGAAGAGAUUCCCGUGAGAAACGUAACUUUUCGAGAAAUGUCAGUUGGGUUAACCUACAAGAAAAAACACAUCUUUCAGUGUGCAUUUGUACACGGACGCGUAAUAGGGACCAUUUUCCCCUCUCCAUGCGAGAACCUUGAUCGGUACAAUGAGCAAGGACAGCUUGUUAAACAUUCCAUGUCACAGAAUGUAACAGAUAUAGAUUAUGAUUUUUGAGGUGUCAUGUUCACUAAUUCCUGGCUUGUUCUUCCAAUUUACCCGGGCUUCAAGUUAUGUCUGUAUUAGAUUAUUUUUUUUUUCCUUUUGUAAUUUCCCUCUCCAUUUUAUAGCUUUCUGAAGUGGAGUUGUAAAUACGAAUAUUUUUUUCAGAUGCUUAUAAAAGUUUACUAUGUUACACAAA